GUUUGUUUAAGCGUUGUUGCCUUUUUAUCAUUUUCAUGUGCAGCAGCAGCAGCAGCAACGGCAACAGCUGACGAUGCUACCUUCUUCUUUUCUCUCUCUUUUCUCUCCUUACCAUUUACACAUACAUAUUCACACAUACACUCAUAGCUCAUUAACGUACAUAUAUCAUCAAAACUUUUAGAGGUCCUUGUUCAGGCCGUCAACACGAACGAAUUCUCCAAACCCUUUUCGCUUGACCUUAAUUCUUGUGUCCUUACAAAGCUUCUCACAGAGUAUCUGGUUGGUUUGGGAAGAACGGUAGUUGUUAUGCACCUGAACGAAUCGCUGUAUCACAAUAUGGAAGAAACGCUGCAUGCUUUGCGGUUUGCUCAGUUUCUCCAGACGAUCCAAUGCUGUGUAGCUCACAACAAACCUGAUGUUCGAGUUGAAUAUUACCGUACAUGCUUAAUUGAUGCCAUUCGACAAAAUGAAACAGAGAAGAGGGAGCAUAGCAAGUGCAAGGAGAAUCUAAAGUUACAAGAAGAGGAGCUGAGCCGCAUCACGGAGCAAACGAAGCUACAUAAGCAACGAAUAGAAAAACUGAUGUUCGAGUGCUCCACACUACAACAAAAGCUACUCCUCCAUCGUCUUCACAGUCCUGAGCAAGAAGAUCAACAGGAAAAAGCAAAAGACCAAGGCAACAAAGAUAAGGAGAAAACAAAAGAAAAGAAGGUGGAUGCAGGAGAUGUGCCCAAAGUCUACCUACAUUUUGAUCAGAUCAGCGACCUGCAUACUGUAACAAACAGCACCAUCCCUCAUGACACAUCCGCGGCUGAAAAAGAUGAUGAAUACUUAGUGGCUCCGCGGCCUUCUGUCGCAAUCCCUCCUCCUGCUCAGCGUAAACAUCAUCACCCUCCGACUCCUUCUCCAGACACCCUGCUGGAUACAGCACGGAGCAAAUACAUUGCAUCCAAGGCAGCGUACGAAGCGGUAUUACAGCAAGAAGAGCUACGACUAUUGCGAGUUGAGCUAGUGAAACAGCGACAUACAGUGAAUUCUGUGCUGGGUUACGAGUCGACUACAAGGAGACCAAUAGCCAAAGCAGAGCCGAACUACAAGAACCAUAAGGCUUCCUUGGCAGAUGACGACAAUCAGCAGGAAGCAAAGAAUGCUCCGAAAAUAGUACAAUUCGGUGACAAUUCUUAUUGUUACGAACCAACGAUCCAACCACCGCAUAGCCGAGAAAGUGCUUGCUAUGAUCUUCCUGAAGGCCAAGAUGACGCUCAACAACUAUGCAACGAGAUGAACAAAGUUCUUACUGAAACGAUCCAAAAGCACGAGAAAGCGGACCGGCAAUAUCAGAACGACAAUCGGAAACUCAGGAUACAGUUGGACAGAGCAUCUAAAGAAGCUGCCGAAAAAUACAAAGAAUGGUCCCUGGAAAAGCAACAAAUGCAGAAAAAGGUAAAAUCGACUGCUACCCUGAACAGCAUCGAUGAUACACAUCCAACUUAACAACAAAUUACUGCUGUCUUAGUUACAAGAGUAUGAUGAGAAAUCGCGUACACUCAGCAGCGAAAUGAAUGCGCUUAAGGCAAAGGUCUCAUUAUUUGAUCGGGAAAUACCAAAGUACAUAGAGAAAUUAGCGACAACUGAGGCACAUUGGAAGGAGGAGAAA